AUGAAGGCUUGCUUGAUCGCUUUAGUUAUCGUCGGGCUUGUGGCCGUGGGUCUUCCCACUACACAGGCGCUUCGGUACACUGCCUACACUAAUAUUGGAAACUUCUACGAAGCCUAUCACACGUGCAUACUGAAAGGAGGUUAUUUAGUAGCGAUCGAGACACCAACCCAAAACGCGUUGGUGGUUGCGGCAAUUAAGAAAUCUGGCGGUACUGGCACAUUCUGGACGUCGGGCACGGACUUUGGCAUGGAGGGAGCAUGGAUGUGGGUGUCAAGGAACAGAGGCCUCGGUGCCUUCCAAGGAUACAACAAUUUCCAACCUACAAGGCCACUCUACGAUACCGCCGCCAAAGAAGACUGUUUGUCGAUAAGUACCACUGGAGUGUGGAAAGAUGUGGACUGUGGUAGCAAAUUACCCUACGUGUGCGAAUUCACAUACUGA